AUGGACGAUUCACCACCUCAAGACCAACAUUUGCAGGCUAUGAUUAAUGCUGUAGUGGUGGUACAUCUCCCACAACUAUCUAAAGAAAAAAGAGUGGUCCCUGAUCACUUGACCCAGUUCAUCCACUUCUUCGAGUACGACUCUACAGUGUCUAUCUCCCUGGCCAUGAUUGGUCAUGACUUGCGGACCUUUGGUUAA